UUUUUUUACUUUCGCACCAAGCAUGGUCAUAAAUUCCACCAUGCGUGCUACAGAUUCCAGUAUCGGAAUAGGUUCCCUGCUUACAGACAGGGCAUAUUGUUCUAGGAUGGGCAUUAAAAUGUCUGGAACAUCCUUCAGGACGUCAGCACCCUUUCCCACAAAUCAAACCAUCUCUCUUGAUGUAUUGGCAGAUAAAACGACCUAUACGAGGUUAGACGAUCCAUACAAGAUAUUCAAAAAUGCGAUACUCUCAGUGGGUCAUAUCUUCUGGGAUAUAAUUGAAGAAAUGGUCAUGCAAAGUGCCUGGUUUGGAGAACCCCAGCCAGGAAAUAAGGAUGGAGUAAUUGAUGAUAAGGAAAUGGUUGCUUCUAGCUCAAACCAAUCACAAUUUCAUUCCAAAGAUCCGCCAGCGUGGUAUAAAGCUGGUUAUUCUUGGUAUUGCACUGGAUGUCGCAAACAGAGAGAUAAACUGAUGCCUAUGCGCUUACUUUCUAUGGAAAAGGAUCUAGAACAUGCUAGAGAAUUACUUACCUGGAUUCAAGACGCUAUUAAGGCUGAGAAGUUGCGUGAUCCAGUUUAUACUGAAACUGGAAAGCGUAAUAAUGUGCCAUUUGCCAAAUUCAUAAAGAGUUUAAAAACUAAUCAGGAUAAAGAUGAGAUUACCUCCAAGCUUCUAAGAAAAACAGGAGCUAAACAUGCUUCGAUGGUUUAUGCCAGUCCAAAUCCAACCCCUCAACAUCUCGACAAUCUUUCAGAAAUCACAUUAAGACAUAAAAUUAACCAUCUUGAUGCGGGAAAAAAUUACGCUUUAGGUGAUCCAGAAUCGAAGGAGCCCAUAUCUGAUUCUAAAUCUGAACCUGAAUCUGAGUCAAGUGAUGGUCCAAAACCCAAACACAGGCUUCUUCACCUACAUCUCAGUCUAGAAAUAAUGAUCCAAAAAAGUCUCAGACUAUGGAUAUGGAUUCAAUGUUAGCAGAAAUCGAUGCAAUGUUAGCUGAAAUU